AUGGUUAAGGCAGUUGCAGUUUUGAGAGGAGACGCUGGUGUCUCCGGUGUUGUUCAUUUUGAGCAAAACGCCGAAAGUGACCCUACCACGGUCCAAUGGGAGAUCAGCGGAUUUGACCCUAAUGCCAAGAGAGGUUUCCACAUCCACGAGUUUGGCGACAACACUAACGGGUGCACAUCCGCAGGCCCGCAUUUCAAUCCGUUCAAAAAGACCCACGGUGCCCCCGAAGAUGACGUCAGACACGUCGGUGACUUAGGUAAUAUCCCUACCGACGGCCACGGUGUCGCCAAGGGCUCUAAGACGGACUCUCUCAUCAAGCUACUUGGACCUACCAGCAUCUUGGGGCGUACCGUGGUGGUCCACUCGGGCCAAGACGACUUGGGCAAAGGUGGCAACGAGGAGUCUCUAAAGACCGGUAACGCCGGCACGCGUCCUGCGUGCGGUGUCAUUGGCUUUUCCAACUAG